AUGUUUGGCUGGAAACGGAAUGCGAGCACGCAAACGAUUGCACGCAUAAAGAAUUCAAUAUUCCCAGAAGUAUUUUACCAACAUGUUGCCUACAUGCAAUUUCCUCUAUUCUAUCUAUCUAUCUAUCCUAUCUAUCUAUCUAUCUAUCUAUCUAUCUAUCUAUCUAUCUAUCUAUCUAUCUCUCUCUCUCUUUAUAUAUAUAUAUAUAUAUAUAUAUAUAUAUAUAUAUAUAUAUAUAUAUAUAUAUAUAUAGACUGUUACAUCUUAACUAGACGACGACCAACAACCGUCAUUUUUUUUUACAUUUUCUUCUUCUUCUUCUUCUUCUUCUUCUUCUUCUUCUUCUUCUUCUUCUUCUUCUUAGUCAUCGUCGUCUUCUCCUUCUUUUUUCCUCCUCCUCAUUCUUCUUCUCCUUUUUCUUAUUCUUCUCCUCUUCCUCCUCUUAUUCCUCCUCCUCCUCUUUCUCCUCCUCAUUCUUCUUCUCCUUUUUCUUAUUCUCAUCCUUUCCUCCUCCUCUUCCUCCUCCACCUCUUUCUCCUUCUUUGUGACGCUCACUCUCUCACAGACGCGCCGUCGCCUCUCUCUGUCUUUUCUACAAAUACUUUCAUGUCUAUUUCUUUCUUCUUUUUUCUUUCAUUCUUUUUUUCCUAUUCUAUUCGAAGAUGUCAUCUAAUCUCUAAAUCUUUUCUUUCUUUCUUUCUUUCUUAUUCUAUUCGAAUACAUUUGGUUGUGAUUUUCAUUUUUCAUCUUUCGUCCACCGGCCUGCCUAUUCUCUCUUACCGAAAGAUCAAAAUUCGGCCUAACGAGCUUAACUUCUUUCUUCUCUAUUUUCUUUCGUUUUCUUCUUUCUUUUUUAUUUUCAAUCCUUUUUCUUUCUUUCUGAAAAUAAUUAUUUCCUAUAACGGCUUCCUUUUUUAUUCAUUUUGUCUUAGAGUGAUUCAUUCUUCUGUAGAUUUCGUUUUCACUGUCAUUAAUUUCUGUUUAUAUUUCUUUCUUACAUCACUCUCUCACAGACGCGCCGUCGCCUCUCUCUGUCUUUUUUACAAAUACUGUCAUGUUUUCUUUCUUUCUUUAUUCUUUCUUUCUUUCUUCCUAUCUUCGUACCUUCUUUUCUUUCGUUCUUUCUUUCCAUCUUAUGAUGACUAUUUUACACUUCUUUAUCUUAUUCGUUUAUUAAGUCGUCUUAUCUUAAUGUUAUUCUUUAAUAAAUACUUGAUAUUCUUUCUUUCUAUCUUUCAUCCCCAUUCUUUCACUGUAGUAUCUCAUGCCUUCUUAUUUCACUUUGUCCCUUUUGUUGUCACGUGUCAAUCUUCUUCAUCUCCUCCAUUCUCUUCUUCUUCUUCUUCUUCUUCUUCUUCUUUUUCCUUGUAUUUUUUCUUUUUUCUCUUCUAUUUCUUAUUUCUCUUCUUCUAUUUCUUACUCUUCUUUGUCUUCUUCUUUCUCUUCUUCUUCUUCUUCUUCUUCUUCUUCUUCUUCGUCGUCGUCGUCAUUCUCUUUAUUUCCUUCUUCUUUCUCUUCUUUUUCUUUCUCUUCUUCUUUCGAUUCUUUCUCUUUCUCUUCUUCUUCUUCUUCUUCUACUUCUUCUUCUUCUUCUUCUUCUUCUUCUUCUGCAUUUUCCUCGUCUCAGAAUCAUAA